CGCCCGUCCCCCCCUCCCCGCUAGUCAAUAGAGUGAGAUUGUGAUGCAAAAUAGAGAGGCCGGCAGGCCAGCACAAAGGGAGACUGGCACGUUGAUUGACUAGCAUACAUAAACUAGGAAAGAGAAUGGGAAUACGGUGGGACUGUUUAUAGUGGGACUGAAGAACACGAGUGAAAGCAACCGAGAGACGUGUGUUUUCAGAAGUGAGAAGCAACACCGGUGUCGGCAUCGUAAGGCGUCGUGGGCCUUAGAAGAAAAAUGGGAAACACUAGAGCAAUGGAGUACAUAAUCCUUAUGUUGAUAUAGCCACAUCACUCCUGAAAGUCAUGUUGUGUUAUCUUGGACUAUUCUUUUCACAGACGAUCUAAUAAGUUCAGUGCUUCGUCCUAAGGAGUCAGAGUUUUUGUUUUUUUUUCUGCAAUGCCAAGACACUCUACUUAACAAAGUAAUUAAUUUUGGAGAUUUCCCAAAUUGGGAUAACAUAGUCGUCCAAUUCAAAAACAUAGACAUAUACAGGUGCGUGGAGUGAAGAAAAUUCUUAAAAACGCCAAGAUGUGGUCUUUCCCAUACCCAUUUGACAAUCUCAUCUGCACUCUACUGGGGAUCUCCUUUACAGUGUGGUUCACUCUCCUGUUGGUCUUCAUCAUUGUUCCAGCAAUUUUUGGUGUGUCUUUUGGCAUACGGAAGCUGUAUAUGAAAACACUCCUAAAAAUAUUUGAGUGGGCAACUCUACGAAUUCAAAGAGGAGUCAUAGAGAAGAAUCAUCAUUUGUACAAACCCUAUACCAAUGGUAUCAUUGCCAAAGAGCCAACAUCCCUGGAGGAAGAAAUCAAAGAGAUUCGACGAAGUGGCAGCAACAAAGACCUUGGUAGCCCUGAAUUUGAAAUGUCUGAUAUCUUUUAUUUUUGCCGUAAGGGAGUAGAAACAAUUAUGGAUGAUGAGGUGACCAAGCGUUUUUCUGGAGAAGAACUGGAGUCCUGGAACCUGUUGACACGUAGCAACUACAACUUCCAAUAUAUUAGCCUUCGACUCACUGUGCUAUGGGGGUUUGGUGUUCUGAUUCGAUACGGAUUCUUGUUGCCAUUGAGAGUAACCUUGGCAUUUACUGGAGUCGGACUUCUUGUGGUUGGAACUACCAUAGUUGGAUUCUUACCCAAUGGAAGAGUUAAAGACUUCCUCAGUAGUCAGGUGCAUUUGAUGUGCUAUCGUAUUUGUGUGAGAGCUUUGACAGCUAUUAUCACCUAUCAUGACAGAGAGAACAGACCAAAAAACGGAGGGAUAUGUGUGGCAAAUCACACUUCCCCAAUUGAUGUCAUUAUCCUUGCCAGUGAUGGUUGUUAUGCUAUGGUUGGUCAGGUUCAUGGAGGCUUAAUGGGAAUUAUUCAGAGAUCCAUGGUAAAGGCUUGCCCACACAUUUGGUUUGAGAGAUCCGAAGUUAAAGAUCGCCAUCUAGUAGCCAAAAGGUUAAGUGGUCAUGUUCAGGACAAAAACAAACUCCCCAUCCUUAUAUUUCCAGAAGGAACAUGCAUUAACAAUACAUCAGUAAUGAUGUUUAAAAAAGGAAGUUUUGAAAUUGGAGCCACAGUAUACCCAGUUGCAAUCAAGUAUGACCCUCGAUUUGGGGAUGCUUUCUGGAACAGCAGCAAAUUUGGUAUGGUCAACUACCUCUUGAGAAUGAUGAGCAGCUGGGCGAUUGUUUGCAGUGUUUGGUAUCUUCCUCCUAUGGUCCGAGAGGAAGGGGAGGAUGCUGUCCAGUUUGCUAAUCGUGUCAAAUCUGCAAUUGCACAUCAAGGUGGCUUGGUAGACUUGCUAUGGGAUGGAGGCUUGAAACGUGCAAAAGUCAAAGACACUUUCAAAGAAGAACAACAGAAACUCUACAGUAAAAUGCUUGUUGGAAACCAGGCAGAUCGGAGCCGAUCCUGAGCUCUUCCUACUUGUGCAACCUCUUGGAGCCAUAAAAGGGCUAAAAGAAUCUUGUGACGCCACCUAGGAUGCUGACUUUUCAGGAGAAUGGAUGAACCAAAUGGGGUUGCUUUGUUUGACUGAUCUAGCUGGUCUGUUUCUGUUUGAGCUACACAAACGUCUGAUUGAAUUCUUUCAGACUGGUGACCGUUACAAAGAUGAACCUAACAAAAAUGGUUUUUUGGGUUCCAACCCUGCCAUCAAAUGCCUUUUAUUUGUUAAAAAAAUGAAAAAAAAAAACUUUUUGAAUCUAAAGAAUUGUUUUCUAUAGCAAGGGUGGAUUCAAAUACUCACUGUCUCAUUGCUUUGUUUUAUUUAAGGGCCUGGUUUACUGCUGCUUAUUGACUUUUUCAUUGCUGUGAAUAUUAUGUUCUUUUUCAAUUCACGUCCACUGAUUAAAAUAUAAACGCACAUCACUAGAAACCAGAUCUACGGAUCUAGUGGAUUUGAAUGUUUUUAAAACUUUGUUACGAAGGUGCAAGUUGGGUCUGCAUGAGUGUGUCCUCUUUUCUUUUUUUGGAUAACCAGCUAUGUUUUUUAUUAUUUUAUUAUUAUUACUUAUAUGAUGUAUGUUCUCUCAAUUCACUCUUUUUUUUGUUUUGUUCUUAUUUAAAACAUGAUUACAGACAAAAUGUAAUUUGUUUCCACAGUUAUCCGCACAACUUGUAAAAUACAGGGCAUACUCCCAAGCAUUUUUGCCUGUGAGUACUUGUGUGUGUUUGUGUAUGUGUUUUAUUUUUAUCAUUGCAUAAGACAUGGCAUGUAUUUGCUUGCUAAAAAUUAGCAAGACUGCACAUGCAACUCUUUGAAUUGAAAAUUGUUUGUAUGACUUUUUUUAAUAUCUUGCUUUGUUUCAGUAACACCAUAAAUGUCAAUACUGCAACAGCUUUUAAAAUGUGUUAAUUUGGAAAAAGCAAGUAGUUAUUUUAAGAUAUCAAUAAAUGGAUUCAGGGAACUA